AUGCGAGGAAACAGAUCCUUUGACUGUUCGUCCAAGUCUGUAACGAGUCAGGCACGACAUUCGAGCAGCAACUUCUGUUUGCCCGAGGAUUCACCGGUCAGUCUCAAUCCAACCACCCUACCAACGGGCGGCGGCCCAGACGGCACAGCACCAGUCCUCAUCCGAAAAGGUGAAGCAGUAGGCUACUGUGUUUACAUUAUGCAUCGCCGUAAAGAUUUAUACGGACCCGACGCUGAGGAGUUCCGUCCCGAGCGUUGGGAGAAUGGCGCGCUGAAGAAUAUCGGAUAUGGCUAUUUGCCAUUUAACGGCGGUCCGAGAGUUUGUCUGGGACAGGAAUUUGCUUUGCUUGAAGCGGCGUAUACCGUUGUAAGGCUUUUGCAGAUGUAUGAGAGUAUUGAGAUGGUUGAGGGGAAAGAGUUUGAUAUGCCUGUUGGGCUUGAGAGGCAGCUGUUGACUUUGGUUGUGUCGAGUGCUGAUGGGUGUUGGGUUAAGAUGAAGAAGUAUUCUAGUUCAAGUUAG